UUGAGUUGCAAGCACAAGGAUUCACACUGUCUAUACUUAGCUCUCCUAAACGUCAAAGUCUGAGGCAAGACACGAUCUGUUUUAGUGACGUGAUCUACUUUUAGAACUUUUAACGCAUUUCUUUAAAUUAUUUGAUCACUGGAGGAUUGUGUUAAAAUGAAUGGUUUUGGGAAAAUCAAUUGAAGAGCGCGAAUGGAAUGUAUUUGUGUUUUGUAUUUAAAAUAAAAUCUGAGGCUGUUAUAGACCAGUAAUGGUUAACAAACUGGGAUAGUAACAAAGCGCAACGUGGGACACAUUUUGAGGAACGAUUUAUUAAUGCAUCGGUUUAUAACGCUGUGUGAAUUGUGAAAAUGCCACUGGGAAUGAUUUCAUUUUUGGCUCUCUGCAUCUUUUAUAUUCAAGUGCCACAGGGCCAGACUGCAUGUGCUGAAGUGGACUCCAUGACGGAGGCUGUGGCUGGAAAAGGCUUUCUGUUGGGUUGUAUUUCCUGCAAAAGGAGAGAAGAAGUGCCUGGUUCUGCUAUUGUUGAUUGGCAUUUCAAAGCAGCUGGAACUGAGGAGUUUAUCCAUAUUUUUCAGUAUGAAUAUAAUAACCCCACCAUUCUUCAUGAAGACUUUGAGGGAAGAUUAGCGUGGCAAGGAACUAUGAGGACAAAGGAUGUGCAAACUGGUGCCAUCUUUAUUCACAAUGUCACAUAUAAUGACACUGGGACUUACCUCUGUACCUUCCACCGCACGCUGUAUCUUCCUCUGUACGAGGAACAUGUGGAAAUAAAUAAAGAGGUGGAACUCACAGUUGUGGAAAAAGCCAACCCUGAGCUGACGUCUGUGAUCUCUGAGAUCAUGAUGUACGUCUUGAUUGUAGUUCUGCAGUUGUGGAUGAUUGGAGUGCUGAUUUACUGCUAUCGGAAGAUCUACGCUGAGAACGAAGCUCGCGAGGCCAGAAAAACUGCAUGCUCUCAAAACAAACUCGUUGGGUCAAAAGAUCCUUGUGAUGGCAUUUAUUUGGAAUAACUACAGAUUUGGUUAGGCUUAUUAUUUUCAGUGAAUAUAGAAUGAUAAUAUAUUUCAUACAUAGUGUUAAAGGAAUAGUUCAUCCUAAAAUGAAAAUUUGUUAAUACUUAACUCACGCUCAGGCCUUCAAAGAUGCAGCUGAGUUUUUUUCUUCAUCAGAAAAGAUUUGGAGAAAUUUAGCAUUACAUCACUUGCUCACCAAUGGAUCCUCUGCAGUGAAUGGGUGCCGUCAGAAUGAGAGAUGAAAAAAAACAUAUAAUUCACAAGUAAUCCACAAGAUUCCAGUUCAUCAAUUAACGUCUUGUGAAGUGAACUUUAAACUGCAUGUCGCUACCAGCCAAAAUAGUCCAUAAUCCAUAAUACAGUGGAUUCCUACAGUAAAAAAGACAAUUUCCUGUUGUCCUCUCACAUAAAAUAAAAAAAAUCCACCAACAUAUUUUUUUAGAACUGUUUUGGACUGUUUUAUUACAAACAUGCAGGCAUGUUGAUUAUUGUGAUGUUUUAUCGGCUGUUUGGACACCCAUCAUGGAUCACCCAUUCACUGCAGAGGACCCUUUGGUGAAUAAGUGAUGUAAUGCUAAAUUUCUCCAAAUCUUUUCAGAAUAAGAAACAAACUCAUCUAAAUCUUGGAU